AUGAAAAUUCUAGGAAAAGAUGAAUAUAUAACUAAAUUCGAAGCAUUUGUGGUAAUUAAAAAGGAAUUGGAAUAUUCAAAAAACAUAGAUAAAUAUCUAUGCAGUAAGUUGAUAAUAAAAACAGAUGAUCCAUUUAAAGAUAUAUAUGAAAAGAAUUUUAUAAAAUUGGUGUCAGAUAAAAUAUUAUAUAAAAACUUACAAAAAUAUAUUAUUGACACAAAUCCACAUUUAAUAUCAAAAGAAUUAUAUAGUAAAAAUUACCAAGAAAUUAAACAUAUAAUUGAUGAAACUUUUAAUAAAAUUGUCAAUUUUUUUAAAAAUAUAAAUGCUUAUAAUAUAGAUAAGAAAGAAAAAAUACAAAUGAUUGAUAUCAAGUGUAUUAAUUUUGUUGAUCUAUAUGUUAUUAUGAACUAUGAUGAUAAAAAGUGUGAAGAAAGCAAAAUCGAACAUAUCUUAAAUUUGUUAAAGGAUGUGCAUAUUACAAAAUCUAUUGAAAUGGCAUAG